ACGACCGCGCAGCAGCAUAAAUAUAACGACUUCCGGCGAAAAUGUACAAUUUUAUCUGAAAACCAUAAAAUGUUAAUUGAUUAGAUAACAAUAAUGUUGGUUGAGUUGUCAAUCGUAUAGAGCCAUGCUCCUACUUAUAAUCAUUUUACAAUUCAAACUUUCUCCGUGGCCCCUAGGGCUAUACAAGUGGAAAUGGAAACCUCAUUCUUAAUUCGUCCCAGCGAUUUGAUCAAGCAAGACUCAGUGAUAAACAGUUUAAGAAAUUUAUUCUUUGGCUUGGAAAAGCAUUUCAGAACUGAACCAAAAUUAGCUCAAUCAGGAGCAUCUCAACCCGAAUUUGCUCAAUCGGAAUUAUCGCAAUCAGAAGCAUCUCAACCAGAAUUUGUUCAAUCAGGACCAGCUCAAUCGGAAUUAUCUCGAUCAGGUGCAUCUCAACCUGACUUUUUUCAAUCAGAAAUAGCUGAACCAGAAUUUGUUCAAUCUGAAUUAGCGGAACCAGAAUUCAGAGCCCAAAAAUCAGGCGAACUCACAAGAUUCUUAGAAUACGUCGGAGAAAAAUUGAUAAAACGAGACGAUGCGUAUUUGAGACAGUUAAUAGACGCCCUGAGAUUGGCCGUUCAUGACUUCUAUGACCGAUCAAACAUGACAUCGUAUUUUAAGACUAAAUCCGACGAAUUUAAGCUAACGAAUCUAGUUGAUAGUUGGGGUGAAUUGUCUAUAAAUGAUAUGAAAUCGCACAUAAAGCUGGCUCUUGGUCAUGACAAUGCAAAAGCGCGUAGAAUAGUCCGUUAUUUUGACAAAUUUUAUAACGAAACAGACGCGGAACCUCUACAAGAUAUAGCUGCACACAUUACAGGCGAAGUCACAAACACUACUGCAGAUAUCGAUAGAAUUGUUAGAGGGGCAUUAAACUUCAUUGUUUUUAAAAGGUUGAGAAGUUUAAGUGAUGACGAAAGAGAGAGUUUAUUUAAAGCUAUUCAUACAAUUAUUAACGGUAAAUACUAUAUCGUACGAUCUAACAAGAACUUCGAAAUACCGUCAUAUGAACCUGCCAACGAGAAGUUGCAAAAAACCAAAAUGAUAUUGGAAAAUAGCUAUCAAUCUAAACAUGGGUUAGAUGAUAAAAUGCCAGGUCCGAAUUAUCGUGCUCAGGAAAGAAGCGAGGAAGAAAUCAAAACAAUAGAAAAUGUACCGAGUCACUUCAAUCAAAAAUAUUUGUUGACAGUUGAAGCCAAAGAUGGCGGCAUAAAAAUAUCAAUACCGCAUAAAAAUGAUGAAAAACAAAAAUUUAACUCGGACCCAAUUUUCCUUAAUCGCAAUAAAUUUCACAAAAGACGCUCAAAGAAUCGUGCUUAUAAUCAUAUUGAAUUAAGACGAAGGUCAGCAACAAAUGAAAGCAGCGUAGAACUGUUGAAGAGAGAGGGAGACCUGUUGCUCAAACAAGUUGAGAGUGAAUUUAAUAAGAUCUACAAUAAUUCUCAAGUCAAAGCUUCCAUUCAAUGAGUUGGAGCUGCUGUGUCUUCGCUCAGUUGGCGACACUGUUCGUUGUAAUUCAAAGACAAGAAAACUAAAGACGAGAGACAAUGUAUCAUCUCAUUCAAAGCGCCAGAUCGGGCUAUGUAAAACCGGAUACACGAUGAGAGACAAAAGAUUUACUGUUCUAUCCUGUUCUUUCCGAAACGACAGAUAUGUUGGAUUCUAGUGUGCGACAGGGCUCUGAAACGUGGUACAUAUUUCGUUAUUACCUUUUUAGGAUACUUAAGUUUAUAUGAUACGUACAGUAUCACGUCCUUUAUCCCUUACGGGGUAGACAGAGCCAGGAGUUGGAAAAGUCGGAGGCUACGUAUAGCUGUAUGGCAGACUUAUUCUUGGAACUAAGUUUAUAUAGUGAUAGGUUGUUAGUCCAUCGCCUAUGAGAAGAAUCUCAAGUUUAAAGCCGUGACUGACUCAAUCUGCGCGGGAGGCGAAGACGCUGGCUCAUUUUAUGUUUUUCUUAUCAGAUCAGCGUGGAAAUUAAUUUAUGGUGGUCUAUUAUUAUAUAAGAAAUUUUGUGUUAACGAUACUAAAAUUAUGAGAUACUAGAUGCGCACCGGGGCUUCGCUGCCGUGGGAAUUUCGGGAUAAAAAGUACCAAGUAAAUUCUAGGUUAUAUCUUACCCGUGUACCAAAUUUCAUAACAAUCCGUCCAGUAGAUUUCGCGUGAAAAAGUAACAAAUGUAUAAACACACACACAUCCUCACAAACUUACGCAUUUAUAAUAAUAUUAAAAGUAAAUAGGAUUUAGAUGUUUCAUGGUGAGUUGCUUCUUUUUAUUAAUCUGAGGUUGCACAGUCAACUUUGACGUGCGCAGAAAAACGCAAAGUACGCCGCCAAACGCAAAGUUUGUCUGAACGUCAGCGACGCGCCGGUUAAAAUCAACGUCAAGUUUGUCGGUGCAACUCACACGAAUAUUGUAUGUACCUGGAAAUUUAUUCUUAUUUAGUUCUAUUAAACAUAUCUAUUAGGCAUAUGCUUCAGUUGAAAAAAAUUACUUUUUAAAUACGUUGACUAUUUUUCUUCCAAAUAAACCCUACAUUCCC